CCUCCUAAUCAUCUUGCAGUGCUGGUCACGGGACUGUAGAGGGAACGGCUCCCAAAUGGGGAUGGGAAGCUAACAGGCACUGCCCCGUUGCUGAUGCAAAUCUUCCCAGCCCAGGCUCUCUCGGGUCUCUGCCAAGAGUUGGCCUGGAGGGCUCAAUUUGCUGUAAUGGUUGCAAUUUGACAGCAUCCGGGAUGCUGUACAGAGGACAGGAGCGGGAAGGGGGAGGAGAUGUUGGGCCCCUUUGCAAAACACAACGCCAGAAAAGACAGGAUGAAUUUAUUGUGACCAGUGAUCCCCGAGUUGGAAGGAAACUCAAGGCUUUAAAGCUCGGGGAGACCCUCUAACUCCAGCUCUGCUCUCAAAGCUUAAUCUCCACGAAGAGUGAAGGCUACUGCCUGUUAGCGGCACGGGGUGCGGUCCGGGGCGAGGGUUGGCCAGGCGCCGCUCUUGGGAAGAGGCCUGAGGAGUCCCGGCGGCGGCAGCGUCCAGCAGCUCCGGACGCUGGUCCCCCGGGGCGCGCGCCUGGGCGUUCCUCCCUCCUGCCCUAGCUCCUCGUCACCACACGGUCCUCCCCCGACCCCUCCUUCCACCCACCCUGGAGGAUGCGCUCCCCCGCGCCCAGCGGCAGAGGCCACGGCUCCCAGAAAUGCGUGCACUGGAUCCCCUUCUCCGGGACCCGAGGAGCCGGCGCAGCCGCCCUGUAGGGUUAUGACUCAUUGAUUAAAAAGGACUUUCCAAAUACUUUGCACUUUUGAUAGCAUAUUAUGGAUACCAAGGAGGAGAAGAAGGAACGGAAACAAAGUUAUUUUGCUCGACUGAAAAAGAAAAAGCAAGCCAAACAAAAUGCAGAGACAGCCUCAGCAAUGGCCACAAGGACUCAUACUGGAAAAGAAGAUGCUAACACAGUCAUUUUAGAGCAAGACAAGUGCAACAUUGCUGUGGAAGAGGAAUAUAUUACUGAUGAGAAAAAAAAGAGAAAAAGUAACCAGUUAAAGGAGAUCAGGCGUACAGAACUAAAGAGAUAUUAUAGUAUUGAUGACAAUCAAAACAAAACACACGAUAAAAAAGAAAAGAAGAUGGUGGUUCAGAAGCCCCAUGGUACUAUGGAGUACACUGCUGAAAUCCAGGACACCCUAAACUCUAUAGCACUGAAAUUUAACAUCACUCCCAAUAAACUAGUGGAGCUGAAUAAGCUUUUCACACAUACUAUUGUUCCAGGCCAGGUUCUUUUUGUGCCAGAUGCCAACUUUCCUUCCAGUACCUUAAGAUUAUCAUCAUCCAGUCCUGGUGCUACUGUCUCUCCAUCAUCAUCAGAUGCAGAAUAUGAUAAACUGCCUGAUGCUGACUUAGCAAGAAAGGCCUUAAAACCCAUCGAGAGAGUCUUAUCAUCUACUUCUGAAGAAGACGAGCCAGGCGUGGUAAAAUUUUUAAAAAUGAACUGUCGAUACUUCACCGAUGGAAAGGGUGUGGUUGGAGGCGUCAUGAUCGUCACUCCUAACAACAUCAUGUUUGACCCUCACAAGUCUGAUCCCCUGGUCAUUGAAAAUGGGUGCGAGGAGUACGGCCUCAUUUGCCCCAUGGAAGAGGUCGUUUCCAUCGCCCUGUACAAUGACAUCUCGCACAUGAAGAUCAAAGAUGCCUUGCCAUCUGACCUACCUCAGGAUCUUUGUCCUCUGUACAGGCCUGGAGAAUGGGAAGACCUGGCUUCGGAAAAGGAUAUCAACCCAUUCAGUAAGUUCAAAUCUCUCAACAAAGAAAAGCGGCAGCAGGAUGUAGAGAGAGCCAUCACUUCAGAUUCUAAAUCAACAAGACCUUUAGAGAAGUCAACAGAAUAUACACAAUCGAGACCCUCAGAUAGCUCUGGCUCAGGCAAGUUAAAGAAACUAGAGUCCUCUACAGAGGCGACCACCAGAUCUAUCCCAGUGGCUAACGUCCUCACGGCAUCUUCUGACACUCGGGCUGCAUUUAAAUCUAUAGCCAAAGAAAAUUCUCUUUUAGGGGAAGAUGAUGACUUUGUUGACUUAGAAGAACUUUCUUCUCAAACUGAUAGUGGAAUGGACAAAACAGACACUUCAAAGGAGUGCCUUUCUCUUGACCCAGAGGAGCUAAGGAAGACGAAACCACAAAAAAUCAGUUCAACUAUGGAAACACAGGUACAGUCAGCCCAGAACGUUUCAGGAACAGAGUGUGAUGCUGAACUGAAGGGAGCCCUAGAUUUAGAAACCUGUGAGAAGCAAGAUAUGAUGCCAGAGGUAGACAAGCAGUCUGGUUCCCCAGAGAGCCAGGUGGAAAACACGCUGAACAUACAUGAAGAUCUAGAUAAAGUUAAACUUAUCGAAUAUUACCUUAAUAAGAACAAGGAAGGGACCCAGUUAUCUGAUAACUCGCAGAAGGACGAAUUACAUGAUGACAAAAAUAUUGAGCCAGUGGGAAUAGACAUCACGCUUAGUAGUUCUCUUCCCCAAGAAGGUGAUCCCCCAAUUAAAGGCACUAAAGAGCCAGAUAAAACCCGGGUGAAAGAAAGAGCAUCUCUUCCAUUGCAACUAGGCUCUGCUACAGAAGAAAACAUGAAUAAAGACUAUCCAGACUCCUCUUUGGAAUCGACUCUGGAUAAUAGCUGCCAAGGUGCACAAAUGGAUAAUAAAUCUGAAAUUCAGUUAUGGCUAUUGAAGAGAAUUCAGGUACCCAUUGAAGAUAUACUUCCUUCAAAAGAAGAGAAAAGUAAGACUCCACCCAUGUUUCUGUGCAUUAAAGUAGGAAAACCAAUGAGAAAGUCCUUUGCCACUCACACUGCAGCCAUGGUCCAGCAGUAUGGCAAACGAAGAAAGCAACCAGAAUACUGGUUUGCUGUUCCUCGGGAGAGGGUGGAUCACUUGUACACCUUCUUUGUUCAGUGGUCUCCUGAUGUCUAUGGGAAAGAUGCCAAAGAGCAAGGCUUUGUGGUGGUAGAAAAAGAAGAACUGAAUAUGAUUGACAACUUCUUCAGUGAGCCAACCACUAAAAGUUGGGAGAUCAUCACAGUUGAGGAGGCAAAGCGCAGGAAGAGCACAUGCAGCUACUAUGAAGAUGAGGACGAAGCAGCCCUGCCAAUCCUGCAGCCCCACAGCGCGCUUCUGGAGAACAUGCACAUCGAGCAGCUGGCUCGACGCCUUCCAGCAAGGGUACAGGGGUAUCCAUGGAGACUCGCAUAUAGCACAUUAGAACAUGGAACCAGCUUGAAGACUCUCUACCGGAAAUCUGCAUCAUUAGACAGUCCUGUCCUAUUGGUCAUCAAAGAUAUGGACAAUCAGAUUUUUGGAGCAUACGCAACUCAUCCCUUCAAGUUCAGUGAUCACUAUUAUGGCACAGGCGAAACUUUUCUCUACACAUUCAGUCCUAAUUUCAAGGUCUUUAAGUGGAGUGGAGAAAACUCAUACUUUAUCAAUGGAGACUUAAGUUCUUUGGAACUUGGUGGUGGAGGGGGACGAUUUGGUUUAUGGCUAGAUGCUGAUUUAUACCAUGGACGAAGCAACUCCUGCAGCACUUUUAAUAAUGAUAUUCUAUCCAAAAAGGAAGACUUCAUAGUUCAAGACCUGGAGGUAUGGACAUUCGAGUGAAAUUGAGACUGCCUUAAAAUAGAAUAUUAAAAAGACUGGGUUUGAUCAGCCCUCCUAAGGCUGGCUGGGAGAUGAAGCCCCAGCCUGACUGCCUCAUCCCAUCAUAGUGCUUUCUUUCUGCCGUCAUCUCAGAGCGUGAUCACACUGCAGAGAGAUUCUGAAAGGUACAUGUGGAAGGCAGACGAUGAAGAGAAAGAAAUCUGAAGUCCAGAUUGUCAAAAGACUUUAUACUCGCACUUCUUUCAAAUCCAUACAGUGAGGAAUCCAAAUAUUUAUAGAGGUAUGAGUUGAAUGCAAUUUUUAUUUUUGGUAACUGUGAAAAAGAAGAUACUGUGGAAAUAUAUACAUGCCUUGUACAGUUAUCAACAUAAUUUUCAUUACCAAAAUGUACAGCAUACUAUUGUUUGCCAUGGAAAAGUUAGUCUCAUUUAGAAAAAUUGAAAGUGCACAGCACUUAAAGGGAAUAUAUGAUUUUUUAAAACUUUUAUUUAUUAUUUUUAGUAUACUGUCUGAAAUGUGUUGGCAGUUUAUUUCUUUUAAUGUGUCAACUCAAAGAAAUGUAUACAUUUUGUGCUAUGUUUGGCAACAAACCCAUUUGAUUUAUAUAGUUUUAUAUUAAUUUUUUUUGCCCUGAUUGUUUAGGGUGAUAUGUAUAUGUAUGUGCUGCUUGAUGUCCGUAUAUACACACACACAUAUAUAUACAAACACACAUAAUUCUAAAUUUUUUAAAACUCAUCACCAAUGUCUAUUGAUUUGAAUAUUGUAGGCUAGCUUUCCAUUUAGUCAUUAAAAAGGUACAUUUUAGUUAUUUACUCUGAACAUUAUUGUGUAAAGAAGCCAUUUCUCAUAGUCAUAAGUUAAUAAUACAGGAAUGUAUACCUUUAUGACCCUAGACUUAGAACAAACCCUGCUUUUGAAAAAAAAUGUUUUGCUUCUCAUAAAAUCAUGUGUGUUCCUAACAAAAAAAAAUUGUACUUUCAUUGGAUUUUUUUGCAUAAUUUUCCCCAAGUUUGUAUAUUAACAAGUAGGCCAUUGUUUUAAAUAAUACUAAGUAUUUUAAUUUCUGUAUACUUUAUAUCAAAUGAAAAAUGUCAAAUUAGCCCUAUUACCUUGGUUUCUAGGCUAUUUUACUUGAGAAAAAGCAAUGCAAAGAAGUGCAUUAAUACCAAAUUUGGAAUAAAAAGGGAAAAAAACCCUGUUUUUUAAUACAACUCACUUUCACAUCAUAAAACACUCUUAUUAAAGUUAAUAAUAAAGCCUUGUUAAAAUUUUAAACAAUAUUGUCACUUUAUGAAAGCCAAAGACUGCUAAUGGAAAAAAUUUUCAAGUAAUAGCCAAAGCUGAGAAAGUGAUCUGUCAUAAAUUACAUCCCCAGGGAGUUCCCGUCAUGGCUCAGCAGAAACGAAUCCAACUAGUAUCCGUAAGGAUGUGGGUUUGAUCUCUGACCUCACUUAGUGAGUCAGGGAUCCAGCGUUGCCAUGAGCCAGGGUGUAGAUUGCACACAUGGCUCAGAUCCCAAGUUGCUGUGCCUGUGACGUAGGCUGGCAGCUGUAGCUCCAAUUCGACCCCUAGCCUGGAAACGUCCAUAUGCCUCAGGUGCAGCCCUAAAAAGCAAAAAAAAGUGACAACCCUAGUGAUCUUUGAAAGGAAAAAUUAAUGAAAAGUAGUAUAUUAUAUACCUGCAUUAAAAAAAAAAAAAAAGUCCUUAGAAUGUUGGCCUUAAGUUGGCAGGAUAUCCCCUUUUGCUUAUUCUCUUAGAGUGUUUAUAAAAAAGAACAAAUUGCCAAGUGGCCUCCUGUCAGAUCAACAAUUAUUUUACUCUACUUACAAUCCAUGCAAGUUUAAACGCUGUAAAAUUUUAAAUCUGUAGUCUGGGUGUACUUUCACCCAAGUUCUCAUAUUUAGAACCCUUGAUUAACAACUUAUUAGCAGUUUAACCUUAAUCUGCUUGUUAAAUAAUGUGCUGGUGUGAGAUAUCAGGAAUGUCUCAUGAUCACAUUUACCAUUUAUGCCAUUUGCAACCAUAUACUAUUAACAAAAUGGUCAUUUUGCAUAUAGUUCACUCUUACUUAGUUUAGUCCAUGAUAUUAUACUUGUGAGAGCAUAUCCAGAUGCUGCAUUCUCUAUUUAAAACAGUAUUGUCCAAUCAGAAAUGUGUGGCCCUUCAUUUACGGCUAUUGAAUAUAUGUAAUGCAGUGCUAGCCCAAUAUUUUCAAUAAAGG